CAUAACUGAUAUAAAACUGGUUACAUACAUAGAUGUAAUGUGCUAACCAUGUUUAAUUUCGCAAUUAGUAAGACUAGUUGUAUGAUCUUUUGAAGAUGAAAUAUAUGUUAGUUUCGAACAAACUCAUGUAAAAUUAUAUCUCAGAAUAUUUUAACAAAUAACUCAAAAUAUUUCAUCAGUGACAUAAAAUUCUUUAUAAAUGUCUUUUCUUAAAUAGUGGACAGUAGUAUGACAAAUAGUAGUAUGGCAUUCACGCUAUAGAAUGAGUCAGCAUCUUUUCGAACGUAUAUGCAACUGGUCUGCAAUAAUGGUGAUGCAACGUACAGUUUGAAUAUUCCCUCGACUUUGCGGUAGUCUCAGCCUGAACUAUGGAAUAGUUUUAUAAAUACGUGCAAUACAAAGGUGAUGUAAACUACAGAAUGAAACAUAAGGAGUGAAAAUAAUGUAAUUAAACUUAAACAAUACUUUUACGUUAUCAGCAGGUAAAAUUAACAGAUUUAGUCACUACUAAUGAAAUCGACGUACAGUAUUUCGUUUCCAGAUGAGCAAUAAGCAGCGAAUGUCUCCUAGCCAAUGGACGCCUUCCAGAUAUAUUUUUUUUUCGACCAAUGAUGGGCUUCCACGGUGAGAAAGCGGUUUAUAUAAUUGAAGUUUGUUCCAUGAAAUGAUGUUCAUAUCGAAAACCUCACAGCUAGAAAUAAAGAGACACUGAGGAAAAAAAAGAGACAUUCUGCCGCUCUUUUCUACUGCUUCAGAGGGGAAAACUAAUUGUCAUACGUUAAGCUGAACAGUUGAUUACCUCAAGGAUGAGAAUACUCUGUGCAUUUCUACUCAUCACUGCCAGUGUGUUUGCUGACAUCACUGAUGGUGCCAACAAGAAGGAGAAUGUGGGCACAGUAGUGGGGAUCGACCUGGGCACAACCUACUCCUGUGUCGGUGUCUUCAAAAAUGGCCACGUUGAGAUCAUAGCCAAUGACCAGGGUAACCGCAUCACACCUUCCUACGUGGCCUUCACUUCAAAGGGUGAGCGUCUCAUCGGUGACGCUGCCAAGAACCAGCUAACCUCCAACCCAGAGAACACAGUGUUUGAUGCCAAGAGACUGAUUGGCCGCACUUGGAAUGAUGGAAAUCUGCAGAAAGACAUCAAGUACCUUCCCUUUAAGGUUAUUGAGAAGAUGAAUAGGCCUCAAAUUCAGGUUAAUAUCAGUGAUGGCCAGACAAGGACGUUAGCUCCAGAAGAGAUCUCUGCGAUGGUGCUGACUAAGAUGAAGGAGACAGCAGAGGCCUAUUUGGGAGAGAAGGUCACCCACGCCGUGGUCACUGUUCCAGCUUACUUCAAUGAUGCCCAGCGCCAAGCCACUAAGGACGCGGGGGUCAUCGCUGGCCUUAAUGUGUUACGGAUCAUUAAUGAACCCACCGCUGCUGCUAUUGCCUACGGCCUGGACAAAACUGACAAAGAGAGGAACGUCCUUGUGUUUGACCUGGGUGGUGGCACUUUUGACGUGUCCCUCCUCACCAUUGAUGACGGGGUGUUUGAGGUAGUGGCCACCAAUGGAGACACCCAUCUGGGCGGGGAGGACUUCGACCAACGUGUCAUGGAACAUUUCAUCAAGCUGUACAAGAAGAACACCGGCAAGGAUGUGCGCAAGGAUAACCGUGCCGUGCAGAAACUGCGGCGAGAGGUGGAGAAGGCCAAGCGCACGCUGUCCAUGCAGCAUCAGGCCCGCAUCGACAUCGAGUCCUUCUUUGAGGGCAAGGAUUUCUCCGAGACUCUCACCAGAGCCAAGUUUGAAGAGCUCAAUGUGGAUCUGUUCCGUGCCACACUGAAGCCUGUACAGAAAGUUCUGGAAGAUGCUGGGUUGAAAAAGUCAGAUGUUGAUGAGAUCGUGCUAAUAGGUGGUUCCACCCGGAUACCUAAGGUCCAACAGUUGGUGAAGGAGUUCUUUAAUGGGAAGGAGCCCUCCCGGGGCAUCAACCCAGAUGAAGCUGUAGCUUACGGGGCAGCGGUGCAGGCCGGAAUGCUCUCUGGGGAAAAAAUGAACGAAUUCGUUCUACUGGAUGUUUGCCCACUGACUUUGGGUAUUGAGACCGUUGGUGGUGUGAUGACAAAGCUGAUCUCGAGGAACUCUGCUGUGCCUGCUAAGAAGUCUCAGAUCUUUUCUACUGCUUUUGAAAACCAGGACACUGUCACUAUCAAAGUCUAUGAAGGUGAGCGUCCCAUGACCAAGGACAACCACCAUUUGGGAACUUUUGACCUGAGUGGGAUUCCGCCUGCUCCCCGCGGUAUCCCACAGAUCGAAGUGACCUUUGAAGUCAACGUUGAAGGCAUCCUGCGAGUGACAGCAGAGGACAAGGGGACCGGCAAAAAGAACAAGGUCACCAUCACCAAUGACCAGAAAAGACUGUCGUCCGAGGAGAUCGAGAACAUGCUACGGGACGCAGAGCUCUUCGUGAAGGAGGACAAGAAGAUGAAAGAGCGCAUCGAUGCCCUUAAUGAACUGGAGACUUACACCUACUCUCUGAAGAACCAGCUCAGUGACGAGAAGCUGGGAAGCAAGCUGUCUUCAGAAGACAAGGAGGCUAUCGGGAAGGCUGUGGAGGAGAACAUUGGGUGGAUGGAGUCUCAUCAGGAUGCUGAACUUGACGACUUGCAGGCACAGAAGCAGCAGCUUGAGAAGGUGGUCCAACCAAUCAUAAGCAAGUUAUAUGACAAUACCAGUGGACCACCUGAUGGAGUGCAGGACCAACAUAAUAAGCACAAUGAGUUGUAGGGUAUUAGCCUUCAGCUCUUAUUCUAAAUAUACACACUGGAUUAUAAUGAACUGCUUCUGAAAUUAUGCAGGCAGGAACAAGACUGGAGGCGUAAAUCAUCUGCUGUAAAGUGAAACUUCAAAUUUGCUUCUUUCAGGUUUCCAGCUGCUGAAUUCACAGCUCAAGGAACACUUAACUGUCUGACUUUUAAGCAUAACUAAUAUCAUAUGUAAUAACAACUGGCUUUUGUUUUCAUCUUUAAACAAUGCAGCCAAGGCCAUGUUAAGCUUAUGAUAUUCCCUUGUGAAACCUUAAGACACAUUUAAAAAAGUUGCCUCUCAGAAGGUAUUGACUGGAUAAAUGGCCAACAGACCCGUCAUAUUCAGGCAGGUGUGGCUCCUAACCAGUUUGCCUGAAAGUGUCUCCCAGUGCGUGAAUCUUCAUUCAUGAUAUUGAUCUAGUUCCUGUCCCCAGAUUUGUGAAUUAAAUGAACAUUUUGAUAUCUCAGGCAUAUUUUGGCUGGCAGAUACAUGCUUCAGUAUUUCAGUAUAGCCUACUGCGUGUCACUUUUUAACAAGGGACUUGUUGCAAUAUUCAGCUUUCAAACAAAACUAGACUGUUUUUAUUAGACUACAGUAUCACCAUAUGUGAUGACUUUCGUUUCACUUUUCUGAACAGGAAUCCUUAAAAAAACAUUAAAUGUUAAAAAACAGGCCAGAACAAUGAGACAGCGACAGACUCACAAGUGUGCCCGGUUUGUUUGUUCAUCUGACUAUAAUUACAUACAAUUUGUGUGAAUUUGAUUUGGAAAAGGGUCAUAUUGUUGUACUUUAUAAAUCACUACUUGUUUUGACACUGCUAACUAUUACGUUUGCUCUUAUAUUAAGCAUGUAAUACAUUGUAAACGAUUAUUUUUCUUCUUCUCUUUGAACCAUGUGUUCUUAGUUAAUAGGUUUAGAAAAUAAAAUGUAAGAGGAUGUAAGACACCCAUGUCUCAAAGAAAGGGGCUAUGCUUAUUUCUUUGUUAUUCCUUGCAAUCAUUUGCUCGUAUAUUUGAUACAUAACAUGACAAUUAUAAUCAUACACACAUCUAUGGAUAUGUAAGGUGUAUGUUAUUUUUCUUUCGACUGUCUCCAUGUCUUUUUUUGUCGUAUUCUUGUAACUAUAUUUAUUUUUUUAUGUCUUUGGU